GGCUCCAACACAAAGCACCUGUUGCUUCAACACGGACUGCUGCUGCUUCACAUCCCAGCUUCAACUCUUCAGACUCAGAGGUUCAGCAUGGACUCCUUCAAGUGCAAGACUCUGAUUUUAUUCCUCUUGUGCGUCAGCCUGCAGGAGGGUUGCGGGCUGCCCUUAUCGGACGGGACCGAGCUGCCGGCUCAGGCUCAGGCUCCGCAUCCCCACGUCAGGACCAAACGCUGCUCCUGCAGCAACUGGGAGGAUAAAGAGUGCGUCUACUUCUGCCACCUAGACAUUAUCUGGGUCAACACCCCGAGUAAACUUCUUCCUUACGGUCUGGGGAGUUUCUUGUCCCGUGGCCGGCGUUCAGUCAACCGUUGCCAGUGUCUCGGCCCAGAUGAUGAAACCUGCUCGAGGUUUUGCUCUGAAAGUUCAGAGAAUCCAAGCACAGAUGCUAUUGACUCAGAGAAGGCUGAAAAAACAACCAGCAACAAACUACUGGCGUCUUUCAGAUCUGUGGUAAAGUCAAACACGGCCGCUGCAAGAGACCUGUCCCUGAAGCAGAACUCUGACGGCGUCAGCGAACUCAUGGGUCGGACAAGAAGGUAGAGGUCUGAUCAGAACCGGAGGCUCCAUCACCGCUAACUCACAACCAUGGAUUGGAUGGAGACUCCUUGAAUAGAAAAGAAAUCUAGAGGAUCCAGAUGUGGAAAGAUCUGCGACUCUCUGAGACUUAACAACACCUCAUGCCUGGAUCUGUGGACGCCAAGGAUGCAGGGACUGAUUUCGAUACCUAAGUGCAGCUAAAUAUUUUUCAGUCACUACUCUUAGAUGAGUUGUGAAGGUUUGAUGGUUAUGGUUUUAGAUGUGCAGCUUUUAGGAUUAUUACAUAUUCCAGAAUAAUAUCAACUCUGUAUUUAGUGGGGAAAUAUUUGUCCAUGUUUACUCAGAUCUCUUUACUCAAACAUUUCUGACAGCUGACUUUUAGUUUAUGUUAAUUCUUCUCUGUAUCAGAGAUAGAAACCAUUGUCCUGCCCGGUGUUUAGGGCAAAUUAGCAAAUAUUUUUAUGACGACGAUCAGGCUUACUUGAAACAGCAGCUUGUUCACUGUUGGAACACAGUGAACACUCAGUAAAAUGAAGGUCACCUCUGUGGGGGUUGAUUCAGCUCCAUUACGCACACUUUUACUUUUGCUUAGCAUAACAAACCACGGCGGGUCCAUUGUGUGUCACAACUCCUGUUGACGUUUUGAUUGAAGAUGACUUUUCUUCCCCGCGUCGAGGUGUUUCCCAGUCGCAGAGAAAAGCCCAGUCUUGUAUUUUGCACUUUAAAAGUCAUCUAUCUUUGGCUUGCGUCUCUUUCUCUGUGGCAUGACCUCAUUCGUUCCACGCGUCCACCAGGAGCUGAGCAGAAAGAGAAAGCGAAUCACCCCCGUAAACUCCUCAACCGUGUCAAUCUGUAGAUGAUGGACAAUUUUAGAAGUUUACUGUUGAUCGUUUAUUUAUUCUCUAACUUAUUCAGGGAUGUAUUUAUAUUUGUACGAGUGAUGCGAUGAAUGUGUUUGAAUAAAAUAAAUGUUCAAGAAUGUAA